AUGUCGGGUGAAAUGAAUGAACUGUUCAUGUUCUUGCUUGAGCGUCAGGACACGUUCUAUGCAAAACACCCGAAGCCAUACCUCCGCCUAGUUGAUGUUGCAACCAGAGGCCAUACGAAGCUGACCUUGUUUGAAAUGCUUGUAGCGUCGCAGGAACAGGAAACGUUGCGUUGCUACUUCCCUGACAAUCUGGAUACUCAAUUUUUGGUGUCUUUGGACGCUAUGGCAGAGAAUUUCGAAGCCAAUGUGAUUGCAAGAUGCGCAGGACUCGUCGAAUUCCAUCCACGCUUUGGAUAG